UAUUUGCCUUUCGAUUCUUGAAUAAUUUCCCUUUCUGUACCAAAUCCCCACACAACAAUCGCCCCCACGAAAAUCCCCGAUUCGAAAACCCUAGCUUACAAUCAUGGCCAUGGAGAAGGACAACAACGACCACGCUACCAACGUCGCCGUCACCGCCGAGCAAGCGACCAAGAUCAACGACGCUGAUGUACGGUCGCCGGAGAAUCGUCAGACCGGCGUCGUAUCGGAAUCCGGAAGCGGAAGCAGCGAGAAAGGAGAGGAAGGUGCGGAGACGGCAAUGGGUGAUGAGAGCGGAUCGAAUUCGGUUGGAGAGCUGCUACCUCUCCGAUCUUCCUCCGCUAGAGUUCCGUUCACUAAUCUGAGCCAAAUCGAUUCGGAUCUUGCUCUCGCUCGCACGCUACAAGAACAGGAGCGGGCGUAUAUGAUGCUGACGAUGAACAGUGAAAUCAGUGACUAUGGGAGCUGGGAAACUGGAAGCUAUGUCUACGAGGAGGAUGAGUUUGAUGACCCCGAGGACGAGGAUGACGAAUAUGAAACAGAUGAUGAUCCUCAGGAAGAUGCGCCCGAUGUGAAUGCCAAUGGAGACGAUCAAGAAGAUGGCGGCAGAAACGCUGACACCGAGGAAGCUGAAGCUGGUUAUUCAGAUGAUGAAGCUUUUGCUAGAGCUAUUCAGGAAGCUGAGGCAAGGGAAAUGGCUGAUAGGUUGUCUGCCUUGACUGGGUUAGCUAAUCGGGUUGAAGUUCUAGAGGAUGAUGAUCAUACUUCUGAGGAUGCCUGGGAUGAGAUGGAUCCUGAUGAGCUUUCAUAUGAGGAGUUGCUUGCGCUUGGCGACAUUGUGGGAACCGAGAGUAGAGGGUUGUCUGCUGAUACAAUUGCAUCUUUGCCUUCAAAAAGAUAUAAAGAUGGAGAAAACCAGAACGGAACCAAUGAGUCGUGUGUUAUAUGUCGUCUAGACUAUGAGGAUGACGAUGACUUGAUACUGCUUCCAUGCAAACAUUCUUACCACUCGGAGUGCAUUAAUAACUGGUUGAAGAUAAACAAGAUUUGCCCUGUAUGCAGCGCAGAAGUUUCAACCUCCUCAGCUGGACAAAGCUAAAGAGCCAAGGGAAGAGAUCCAGAAAAAGAUCAUAAGCUAAGAACUCCAUUACCUUUGCUGUCUGUUUGUACACUAUAUAAACAAAACCAUCAUCAGAUUUCCUGUGGAUCCUUCAAAUAAUCUGAAUCUCAUCUUCUUGCACUCUAGUAUCUUCUUUCAUCUGUUUCUGUAUUUGCGCUAUCGGGAUAUUGGAAGAAACAACUAUGAUUCAGUCUA